GUGUGUGGAAUCAUUUCUAAAAUGUCUGGAUUUACACAUUUUCUCCUGAACUUCUGUGUUCUCGGAUAUGUUUUCUGCAGUUCUGGGGCUUGGCAAGUAACGAUACCAAGCAAUAUCAAAGCAUUGGCGGGUUCCUGUCUUGUCAUCCCUUGCACCUUUGACUACUAUAACUAUCCACCUACAAGACCAGAACGUGUGGUUUGGUACCAGUAUGUGAGUCAUGGAUAUCCUAAGGUGUAUGACAACUGGUACCCAAAUGAUGUUAUUGGCAUAUUUUAUGGAAGAACCCAUGCAUUUACUUCAAGAUAUGAGAGGAAAUGUAGUCUUCAGAUCUACCCAGUAACGUUGUCUCACCACAGGCAGAGGAUUUACCCCUGGGUAGAUCCAGAGCAUAUUGGCAAAUACACCUACGCUUUUUAUGAAACAACUGUAAAAAUUGAAGUUGUUGACAGGGCCGAGGCACCGUAUAUUUCAAUCUCUGGAAACAUGAAAGUUGGACAAGCUGUGACAGUGCAAUGCACUGUUUAUCACACCUGUCCCACUUAUCCACCGACUCUGAGUCUCAACAUCCCGCUGCGAAGCCACAGUCUAACUCAAAGCUCCAUUCGUGAUGGUACAUCCAAAACCACCUUGACCAACACAUUGUACAUUGAGAGAGACCAACAAACUGUGGAGUGCCUUGUCCGACACAAGGGUGGUAUCACUGCAAGAGCGUCCAAAACCUUGGAUGCAGAAUGCUCUGUUUCAUCUUUGACUAUCGAACAUGCAUCAGGGGAAUUCCUUGAGGGACAAGCAAGCAAAGUAAACUGCACUGCGUCUUACACAUGCGUAAAACAUAUACCAACUCUCACAUGGAACUAUGAAAGCAUGUCAGCCUCCACUAAUACCUACAAGAUUGGAAGUGCUGAGUGGAUGACUGUUUCCACACUGACAUUCACAGCAUCAGGUACUGACCAUGGACGAUAUCUGACAUGCUACGCACACUUCACUGGGGGACAGAGGCAGGAAAGAAGCAUCACCCUACGGGUAAAGAGAAACAUGCUCUCUCGCGGCUGGUCCUUCACAACCCCCAGCAGCAUCACAGGCAUGAGAGGCUCAUGCAUCGUCAUUCCUUGCACUUUCACCUACAGUGUCUCCCAGCCUGCUGGACUUAAAGUUAUAUGGUACUUGUUCCAAAACAAAGAAUAUCAAGCUGUAGCUGGCGAUGGAUUAAGUAUUAUCAGUAGGUUUAACGGGAGAACCAGCUUGAUCGGACAUGUGGAGGAGGGGAAUUGUAGCCUAAAGAUCGAAAGGCUGGACAUGUUGCACAACCAGGACAGAAUUUACCCGUGGGUAGACAAGCACUCUAUCUCCUCCUUCCACAGCGUGAGUCACAUAUUUAAUGACAAAACUUCUCAACUUAUUGUUUCAGACAAUGCACAGGAGCCGCAGCUGAGUCUCAUCGGUGUCCCCAGGGUGGGAGAGGAGAGCACCGUGUCCUGCAAUGUGCGCCAUACAUGCAUCUCUGCUCCCCCCACCCUGACUCUAGAUGGUAUACCUGGAAGAGACGACAUUACAGACACUCCAGUAUCUGAUGGGAUUUGGGAAAGGAGAAUAGAGCGAACUUGGACUGCCAAAGAGGAAGACCAGAGCGUGAGAUGUACUGUUAGCUACAGCGGUGGUCAGAAAGCCACAAGUGAGCUUAAGCUGAAUGUUGAAUGUCCAUUUGACAACAUCACAAUGACUGAGCGCCCAGGCGAGGAAACAGAGGGCGUGGCAACGAGUGUCAUUUGUUCUGUUUCCUACAAGUGCAAGAAAAAUAAACCAAACAUCGUGUGGAACUAUGAAGACAUGAAGAGUUCGUUAAAAACCAAACAGAGCUCGAGCGAGACCUUUAUCACAGUGUCAAAUCUCACCUUUAUUGGCUCUCUUGGCGAUCACGGUAAACCUUUGACCUGCACUGCACAGUUCCUCAAUGGGGAGACCUCAGACUCUGAAACCCUUCAUAUAAAAAAAUAUGUGAGCGAUCCGUUUGAAAGUGACACAUUCCACCAUCUGGCUGCUGACGUCCCUUUCAGAUUCAACGCUCUGACCGAAUCAUGUGUGGUGAUUCCUUGCAGCUUCCCGAACCACGGGGAGGAGCUUGUCACACGUGGCAUCUGGUCCAAAAAAAAGGGGGAUAUAAUCUACCAUAAUGGCCAGACCUAUGUGGUUGACCAUUUCAAGGGCCGAACCAAAAUUGUAGGAGAUCUGAAUGAGGGAGACUGCUCACUGAUGAUCGAUGACAUCAAGCCCUUUGACAAUGGGCCCUUCUGUUUCUACGCAGAGAAAGGAAAUGAUAGAGUCAGAUACAACAACAGCUGCGUAUUUAUAGUUAUGAAAGCGUCCCCAGAGAAACCAGUGAUGACCUCAGUUCCAACAGAAGUUGAUGCUGGAUCAACGAUUACUGUCUCGUGUUCUGUGACACACACGUGUUCAUCACAUCCUCCAGAGUUCUCAUGGAGUUUCCCAAGCCUCACCAGCGAGGUCACACAGACCACAACAGCACAGGGCAUCUGGGAGAUGACCUCCACAAUCACGUUCGUGGCUGCUGGGGGAGAUGGGGUCAAAAACCUGACCUGUACUGCCAACUUCUGGCGUGGCAAGAAACGAGCCAGCACAGUCCAGCUGACAGUGAAGGGAUCAAGCUCUCUUCCAGCAGCCAUUGCAGGGUCAAUUCUAGUCCUGACUGUAAUCAUCCUGGCUGCAGUGUUUGGAGUGCUCUACUACAGGAGAAGGAGGCGUUCUGCUGACUCGCUGAGACCACCACCUCGACCAGAGAAAAGAUCACUAUGGGAUAGAUUAUCCAGGAGAAACCCAGAGGACAGGGAGAGACCUCCAAGGCCUAAAAAACGGGGAUCCAUUUGGAGCCGACUUUCCCGCAGAGCAGAGGAUGGCCGUGUCGGAUGGAAGAGUGAAAGUGAAAACAGGAAGUCAUUCUGGAGCAGAUUUUCAAGAGACCACGGCAACACUGCGGACCUCAGUGUUGGCUAUGUAAACAACACCACCACAGUAAACUGCAACACUCAAACCUCCAAACAACGCUUUCCAUCCCCAAAGCAUACCCGCAAACCUCCCUCUGUCAGGCCUGAGGUCAGGAAUCCUGUGGAUUACCAUGUGUAUGGAAACUAUUAAGUUCUUCAGGACAUCUCGGAAACAUCAAAUGCUUCCAGGACCACAUUGUUAUUGUGUUUUUUCCGUCCACAUUCUGCACAGCAUAUUGAGCAUUUAUGUUUGUCUUGCAUUCAAACUUCACUUUCUUGUACUUCAUUUAAAACAAGUAUAUCAGCUGCCAUUUCAUUUAACUGUGUACCUGUUUAACAUAAUAAAUAUGCUUUUCUCUCA